CAUUCCCAAGAGAGAGGGAGAUUGAGAGAGAGAGAGAGAGAGAGAUGGAGCUAAAUGAACAGGCUUUCUUAGAGGAAUUGCUAGCUCUAAGAGGAGACACUUUGGAAACAAAUAUCCCAACAGAAAUGAAUGAGCUCUUCUCUAAUGGCUGGACUUUUGAUUGCUUUCAUCAAAACCCAGCACUUGUCUUUCCAUACUCUUCCUGCGAAGGAUUCUCCCCGCCCCUUGAACAAACUAAUUUCAAUGAGCUCUAUUUCCCAUUUGCCAAUGAAUUCUCAGCUCCACAGCUUACUGAUUCACCGCUCAACACAUUUGAUACGCCGCCGUUUCCUGUUCAAGAAGACUAUCCCUUUGCCAUGAUGGAAGAGGAACUGGGUAUUCUUGGGGAUGAAAUUCACGAUUUGGAGGUGCAAGCUUCUUGCAAAGUGGAGCCAAUACAGUCGCCAGAGGCCCCAGCUUUCAACACGGGGGCUUGCCUUGAAGGAAAGAGUAGUAAUCGAGCUAAAAAGCUGCAGGGCCAGCCUUCGAAGAAUCUAAUGGCUGAGAGAAGGCGAAGAAAAAGGUUAAAUGAUCGGCUUUCAAUGCUGAGAUCCAUUGUUCCUAAGAUAAGCAAGAUGGACAGGACGUCUAUACUUGGAGACACCAUAGAUUACAUGAAAGAACUCCUAGAGAAAAUCAAGAAUUUGCAAGACAUUGAGGUGAAUUCAGACAUUUUCAAGAAGGUGAAACCCAAUGAAGCCUUGGUUAGAAAUUCACCGAAGUUUGAUGUGGAGAGGAGGAAUGUGGAUACCAGGAUUGAGAUUUGCUGUGCAGGGAAGCCAGGGUUGCUGCUAUCGACUGUGAAUACCUUAGAAGCAUUAGGCCUAGAGAUUGAACAAUGUGUCAUCAGCUGUUUCAAUGACUUUGCAAUGCAAGCUUCUUGCUCAGAGGAGAUGGAGCAGAGAAUACUACUAAGUUCUGAAGAUGUAAAGCAAGCAUUGUUCAGAAAUGCAGGAUAUGGAGGAAGAUGCCUUUGAGGAUAAAAGAAAGAAAGAAAGAAAGAGGAAAAAGAUUUUAGAGUUUCCAAAUCUCUGUAUUUUCAAUGAGGUUUGCCAAGUGAGAGGUUGAGGUUUUUUUUUUUUGUUUUUUUUUGUUUUUUCCACCUUUGAAUAAGUGAUUUCUGUUCCUAGCUUGAGAGCUAGCUAUCAGCCAUGUAAUUUUUGCUUCAA